AAACAAAGAAUUAAACCGCUCUUACGUAUUUCGGUUAUUGGAUGCAGUUUCAAAUAUGAAGCCUAAUGUUAAAUUGAAAAUUACACCAAAAAAUUCGUAAUAUGAUAGAGAAGAUAAACCUCAGAUUUUACUGCUAACAAACCCGGUGGCAAAUCAUUUGUCAUUGAAAAGGUCUAGGAAUUCUCUUCAAGAUAGGUCAAAAACAUGCCCAGUUUCAUACAAAUUCGUGGAAAGUAUGUGCUUCAAGUCUCGGGGUCACACUAUACAAGGGCCGCAUUUAGGGUUUCCUGUGAAAGUUGAAGUGUUCACAUGUGAGCUCCUUGGGUAACAUGUGGUGCAACAAGAAUGGAUCCACGAUGCUGGUUGAUAACUGAUGCUAUUGCCACUCUCCACAUGAUCUUUCCGUCACACCUUACAUCCUUCUGGCACGGUGCAAACGGAUCUCCUCAUGUGUUUCCAUCUGCUCUGUUGUUAUGUCUUCGCCCUUUGCUUGUUGACGAGUUUGGGAUUAGUAAUGGAACGAGCGAGUAAUGGAAUGAAAAUGGAACAAGCAAAGAUGGAGCUAUUUUCUCGCAGUUGUCAUUUUCUAACAGUAACUGAAGGUAGAGUCGUGAGGGAAUACCCGGAGUAGAGUUGAAACCCCUUGCCACUGUAAAGAUCUCAAACUUGAACGCUAAAUCUUUGUCCAAUAGACUGUUUAAUUUCUGUUAUAUGGACUUAUCAUCGAGAACACCUGGUGCAUGGCCUUUGAUUUCUUCAAACAAAUCAAGAACCGCAGGGUUAUUAUCGGUAUUGAAACUUCGUCCUCCUCUUCUUGCUCGAUCCAAAACCCACGUGCGUCAACAAAAUUUUCACGAAGAUGGUUGCGAUGAGAGUUGGCAGUCUUUAAACUUCGAAAAUAUGCGCUGCAGCAUGAUCGAAGGAUUUGUGCUAUUGCACGUAGCGGCGCGUUAGCAGUGAGCACAGAGAGAUUAUGAAGAAUACCUUGUCUAUUUCUUGAUGGUUUUGUUAUCCAAGCCCCUUGGUACGAUAACUCGCUUGCCAUUUCUUUGUGGACUUCAACAGUUAGCAUGGUCGUCUUUAUACGUUGGGCGUCACCAUCGUAGCAGAAGAAGCGUUACUUGGCAAUCGUGUUGGGGGCAGUUUUUGGACAUGGCAACGUCAAGAAACGACAGCUUGUGAGAGGAAACAGCCCAUUGAAACCGCAGUCAGGGUGGCAGUGAGUUAUGGGAUAUCCUAAUCGGCAGCUUGAUGUGGUGGCUCAAAGUGCCUGUUCACCUCCAGUCUGUCGCACUCGUUCGGGCUCUCUUCUUGCCUGGGACACUACCAUCACCCAUGAUACCCUAGAGCAUAAAUUGGAGAUGUUUUAUGGCGGUCAGUUGAGAACUAUGUUGCAAGAAUGGAAUCACCCCAGGAUUGUUAGUGUUUCUUUGCAUUGGCUUCAGCGACUGGCUAAAUGCUGCCUCUGCACCACUCUUCUCUCGUCCGUUCGCUGUAGUGAAAGAUUUGAAGUGGAAAAUGAAGCGUGACCGAAACGCUGAACUAGAGGACAAGCAGCCUCUUCUGGAUGGAAAGGGCUCCGAAGCAGAGACAAGCGUGACACCAUAUGCAACCGCAGGGUUCUUUAGUCUCGCCACAAUCUCGUGGUUGAAUCCUUUGUUGGCAGAGGGUUAUAGGAAGCAUCUUGAGCUCAAAGAUCUGCAAUUGCUUGCACCGGAGUCUCGAGCAACCAAGGCAUAUGGUGAUUUCAAAGAGAGUUGGAAUUGGCUAAAAAUACGAAAUCCGAACCGCGCAAGAACUUUAAUACAUGCAUUGAUGCGGUCAUUGUGGAAAGAAGGUGUCAGGAAUGCAGCCUUCGCAAUGGUCAACGUUCUGGCAACAUAUGUCGGCCCUUAUCUCAUCAAUGACUUCGUGAAUUACGUAGCUGGACGUCAGCGUUACGCCCAUCAGGGUUAUACUCUUAUUCUGAUCUUUUUCUUCGCAAAAGUGACAGAAAAUCUGAGCAAUCGGCAGUGGUACUUGGGUUCCAUGCUUCUGGGGUUGAAAAUCAAAGCCUCCUUAGUCGCUUUCAUCUACGAGAAAGGAUUGCGCCUUUCCAGUCAGAGCCGCCGUGUCCACACUAGCGCAGAGAUAAUUAACUAUAUGGCAGUUGAUGUGCAACGAGUUGCGGAUUUCACAUGGUCCAUCAACCAUUUCUGGAUCCUUCCUCUCCAGAUUGCCCUUGCGCUCUUUGUGUUACACCGCGUCGUCGGCAUUGCAUGGACAGCAGCUCUAGUUGCGGCUUGCGUACUCUUGUUGAUCAACACCCCUCUCACAAAAUUGCAGGAAAAGUACCAGGGCAAAGUCAUGGAAGCUAAGGAUGAACGAAUGAAAGUGACAUCGGAAGUUCUACGCAACAUGCGUAUCCUCAAACUGCAAGCCUGGGACAAGAAAUAUUUUGCUAAAAUAGAAGCCAUACGAGUGAAGGAAAUGAGCUGGCUAUGGAAGAAAGCCGUAGCCACUGCAAGUACGGUUUAUCUCUUCUGGACAGCGCCUGUCCUGGUCUCGACUGCCACAUUUGCCACAUGUGUAAUCAUGAAAAUUCCUCUCUCAGCUGGACAGAUCCUUACAGCACUUGCAACAUUCAGAAUUCUGCAGGAUCCUUUGGAUAGUUUUCCAGAGUUCAUCUCCAACCUUACUCAAACAAAGGUGUCCCUGGAUCGAUUAUGGAAGUUUCUGCAUGAGGAAGAAUUGGCAACGGAUGCAGUAGAGCGAGUGCCCAAAGCCGCAAGUGAGAAUGCUCUCGCCAUAAGUAUCAAAUCGGGGAACUUCAAUUGGAACCCAGAUGUUGUACCCUAUACCCUCACAAAUGUGAACCUGCAAGUGAGGGCAGGGUCAAGGGUCGCCAUUUGUGGAAUGGUGGGCUCUGGGAAAACAAGCCUAAUUUCUUGCAUUCUGGGAGAGAUUCCAGUCGUCUCUGGAAUGGUGAAAGUAGCAGGAAGCAUUGCGUAUGUAGCCCAAUCAGCAUGGAUUCAAAGUGGUACAAUCGAACAGAACAUUCUCUUUGGCAGUGACAUGGACCGGCUAAAGUACGAGGCAGUUUUGUUGGCAUGUGCGCUGAAGAAGGAUCUGGAGCUUUUUGCUUACGGAGAUCAAACUGAGAUUGGUGAACGAGGCAUCAACUUGAGUGGUGGUCAAAAGCAACGUGUCCAGCUCGCACGGGCUUUGUACCAGGAUGCAGAUAUCUAUCUGUUGGAUGACCCUUUCAGUGCUGUGGAUGCGCACACAGGAACUUAUCUUUUCAAUGAAUAUGUAAUGAGAGCAUUACGGAAUAAAACAUUGAUCUACGUGACCCACCAGAUGGAAUUCCUACCCCAAGCUGAUCUUAUAUUGGUUAUGCAUAAUGGCGAGAUUGUACAGUCGGGGAAAUACGAGGAACUCAUAUUGCCCGGCACAAGUUUCAGCGCUAUGAUUCACGCGCACCAAGAGGCUAUCUCGAGUAUCAAUACUGCAUCCAAGAAUAAUGCUGUUGCAGAUUCUGAAAACAAUCGGAACCACCUCACAGUGAAAGAAAAAGAAAUAUUGAAAGAUGGCAAUCCAUUGCUGACUCCCAAAAAUAUGAAGGUUGAUGACAACGACCAGAAAUUUCAACUCGUGCAAGACGAGGAGAGGGAGCGAGGCAAAGUAGCAUUUGCUGUGUAUUGGUCCUACAUCACUUGCGUAUGCGGAGGCUUGCUCGUGAUUUUGGCUUGUGUUGCCCAAUGCUGUUUCGUGACAUGUCAAAUAUUGAGCAACUAUUGGAUGGCUUGGGCAACUUCUCCGAAGCAAGGACGAAAGAGUCCUAGCCCAUUGAACCUGAUAUCCGUCUACACAGGGCUGGCGUUCGGAAGCACCUUUUUUAUCAUAGUUCGUUCGCUGUUGGUUGAGUAUGUAGGACUGAGGACGGCUCAGCAGUACUUUUUGAGCAUGAUGCGCUGUCUAUUUCGUGCCCCUAUGUCCUUCUUUGAUUCGACCCCAGCCGGACGCAUACUCAAUCGGACAUCCUCAGACCAAAGUGAGCUCGAUUGGGAGGUUUAUCACAAAUUCAAUGGAUUCAUGGUGACUACGGUGUCACUUGUGGGGACGUUGAUAGUAAUGUCGCAAGUGGGUUUGGAGAUUCUUCUUCUAUUUGCACCAGUUUUCGUGGCAUGCAUUUCAAUGCAGCGUUAUUACAUGGCAUCAGCAAGAGAGCUGCAGAGAGUGAAGAGUAUCCAGCAUGCCCCAAUCAUUCAUCACUAUGGAGAGUCCAUUGCUGGAGCCGUCACCAUUCGUGGAUUUCGUCAGGAGAAGCGUUUCAUGACCUCUAACGUGGAGCUUUAUGACAAGUACAUGCGCCCGUCCUUCUACAGUUUGGCCGCCAUUCAAUGGCUAGUAUUUCGCAUGGAGCUUCUUACCACGCUUGUAUUCUCCUCGUGCAUGCUGCUGGUGAUUUGGUUCCCAUCCAAAGGCCUCGAUUCAGGGCUGGCCGGGCUUGCGGUAACAUACGGUUUAAGCUUAAACAGUCAGCAAUCGUGGUGGGUGUGGUGCCUGUGCGACGUCGAGAACAAGAUCAUUAAGGUAGAGAGGAUACAACAAUACACCAAAAUUCCUCCUGAACCACCUUUAGUUAUCCGAGGAUUCCGCCCGCCAAGAGUCUGGCCUACGGAGGGCAUGAUCAUCCUACAAAACCUACAAGUUCGGUACAGCGAGAAUUUGCCAAUGGUCCUCCAUGGCGUCACGUGCACUUUCUGGGGUGGAAAGAAAGUGGGAGUAGUAGGACGCACAGGAAGCGGAAAAUCGACGCUCAUUCAGGCUCUAUUUCGUAUGGUAGACCCUGUGGCCGGAAGGAUAAUAAUCGACGGGCUUGACAUCUCUACAAUUGGGUUGCAUGACUUGCGCUCCCGACUGAGCAUCAUCCCUCAAGACCCCACAUUGUUCGAGGGCAGUGUGCGUGCAAAUCUAGAUCCUCUAGGAGAGCACUCUGACGCUGAAGUCUGGCAGGCUUUGGACAAAUGCAAACUAGGAGAUACAGUGCGAGGAAAAGAAGGAAAGCUGAGCUCUUUAGUCGAAGAGAAUGGCGAGAACUGGAGUGUUGGGCAGAGGCAACUGGUGUGCCUAGGACGUGCUUUGCUGAAGAGGACACGAAUACUUGUGCUUGACGAGGCAACGGCUUCGGUGGAUACAGCCACGGACAACCUCAUUCAGCAGACUUUGCGUGUGGAAUUCAGCAACUGCACCGUGGUGACCAUCGCACAUCGAAUACCGACUGUCAUCGACAGUGACCGUGUGUUGGUCCUCAGUGAUGGGAGGGUGUCCGAAUACGACGAGCCCAAAAGGCUGCUGGAAGACAAGUCGUCAUUCUUCUCAGGCUUGGUAGCAGAGUAUGCAACACGGUCAUCGACUGGGAUCGUCUGAUGCUUGGAUAGAAACCAAUCGCUGGAGAAAAUUAAGUCGCCCCUCAGAAUUCUAUUAGGCAAGCAUUCAUCUGAAAUCUCCCCCCUUCCUAUCCCCCUUGAACCUCACAAGACUGUGCUUCAGUUACCCCUGCAAGUUCAGUAUCUGGUAUGCAACAGAAUGCACAUUCGAUCAAAGUAAGAAGCUCUUUCCCCUUCUCAGUGGAUAGUAGGGUCAUGGUUCGGUAGAAGAUAACCUAUGGUGGAAAGUGCCAUGAUCUGGUUGAUGUCAAGAAGGUGCAGUUAUGUCCUCACAAAGGUCAGUGGUUGGCUACUUGCAGGUUGUAAUGAUAUUAGAUUCAACGAGUCAAAAAGCAGGGUUUUGAACAGAAUUACUCUAAGCAUGGUUUUUCUCAUCAGUUAAGCUUAUGCCCAACAUGGAACCAACUGUGCCCAAAGUCCGUGUAAAAGUAUGUAACCUAAUCCAAAUGCGGUGAAUUCCGCAAGAAACGCCCGGUUGGAAACUUCUUCCGCAGCAGAGCACAAGCAGCACUAUGUGGCAGGAUAACACAGGAUGGUGCUGGUACCGCCAUCUCAAAUAAUAAGAGUUGUGAUAAGAUGAUUCCAAUGUUCUUUUCCAUCUACUAGCUGAUUAAAAGGAUUAGGUGCUGAACCAGAGAAAAGCUUGUAACUCUGUUACAGAGAUAGCCAGUUUGGAGGACUGCAUGGUUCUGCACCUCUUCAGCUCCGCUUU